AUGUCAUUUCUACAGAACUUCCAUUUAAGUCCUGGUCAGACAAUCAGAUCCACGAGAGGAUUCAAAUGGAACACUGCAAAAACUCCAAAUAACGGCCAGGACCAAUAUAGUCCCAGUCUUGGUGAACAGGGAAGUCCCCUUUUCUCUACGCCUCAAAAAACCCAAAGCGCCACUAUAACAGAUUUCAAUUACACACCUUCGCACCAGAAGCCAUAUCUUGAUGCAACGCAGGGCACGACCGUGUCCUCGCACAAGGACUUGAAGGAAAUAGUGGAAACGACAUUGGGAUCGCAUGGCGUUCUAAACCAGGCCGUGAAGCUUCCCAAGGGCGAAAACGUCAGCGAAUGGAUCGCCGUACACUGCGUGGAUUUCUACAAUCAGAUAAACAUGCUGUACGGCGCGAUCACCGAGUUCUGUUCGCCUGAAUCGUGUCCUCGCAUGAUAGCCACAAGUGAAUACGAGUACUUGUGGUACGUGAAACCCGGUUCGCCGCCACUUUCUGUAUCUGCGCCCAAAUACGUCGAAUACCUAAUGAAGUGGUGUCAGGAACAAUUCGACGACGAAGCGGUCUUUCCUUCAAAGCCUAACGUGCCAUUCGCCGCUUCUUUCGCCGACAGUAAUGCUAGACCCAUACUAAAAAGGCUUUUCCGCAUUUACGCUCACAUUUACUGUCACCAUUUUAACGAGAUGCUCGAAUUAAACCUGCAAACAGUUUUGAACACAAGUUUCAGGCACUUUUGUCUCUUCACUCAGGAAUUUCAGCUGCUGAAAAAGCAGGACUAUGGACCGCUUAUUGAAUUGGUUCAAGAACUCAAAGAUAGAUAG